AAAAUUCCGACCAAAAGCUGCGAAAGAAGUAAAAUUAAAUUAAAUUGGGACACUACUAUGCGAUAGCUCUCCCAAGGCCGCCAAGUGCAAUUCCUCCACCGCCUUAGGAACCCCGAAUCGAAUUCGUAGACAUGGGUCUGUGCAAGUGUCCCAAGCGACUGGUGACCAACCAGUUUUGCUUCGAGCACCGCGUCAAUGUUUGUGAACAUUGCAUGGUUCAGUCGCACCCGAAGUGCAUUGUGCAGUCGUAUCUGCAGUGGCUGCGGGACAGCGACUACAUCUCCAACUGCACCCUUUGCGGCACCACACUGGAGCAGGGCGAUUGUGUGCGCCUCGUCUGCUACCAUGUUUUCCACUGGGACUGCCUGAACGCCCGCCAAGCCGCCCUGCCUGCCAACACUGCGCCGCGCGGCCACCAGUGCCCCGCCUGCAGCGUGGAGAUCUUUCCCAACUCCAACCUGGUCUCCCCGGUGGCCGAGGCCCUGAAGAACUUCCUGGCGCAGGUCAACUGGGGCAGGAAUGGCCUGGGACUGGCCCUGCUCUCCGAGGAUCAGAGCAGCAGCCUGAAGGCCAUCAUCAAGCCCAAGGUGGCCAGCCAGGCGGCCGUCAGCAACCAAAUGACCAAAGUGCACCACAUCCAUUCCGGUGGCGAGCGAGAGCGCACGAAGCCCAAUGGCCACGAUGCCGCGAGUCCACAUUCCGUGCUCCUAAUGGACGCAUUUAAUCCGCCCAGUGCGGGUGACUACGCCAGCAGCCGACGACCGUUGCUGCCACGUCAGUCGCCCAUUGGAGGGACGGAUCGGGACGAUAACAAGUACCAGCGCCGCACUCCGGCGGAACUCUUCUCGCGCUGGACACGCCGCUUCUAUGCGCCCUCCUCCCGGCCGCCGUGGCGCCGCACCUGGUUCCUGGUGACCGCCGGCAUCCUGGCCUUUGUCCUGUUCGUCUACCUGAUGGCCUGGCUGGGACGCGGCGGAUCCGAUGGCCUGGACGAGGGUUGGAACAACCCCAACCCACAGCCGAACCACUAUGAGUAGGGUG